CAAGAUGGUGACACGUGUACAUUCGAAAGGUAAACUUUUUGAAAGAUUAUUUGACUGUUCACAAUUACAUCGAGAUAAUCAGGAAACCGAACACUGCUUUCCUGAUGUGUUAAUAGUGUUAUUUUUGCUGGUAUUGUUCAAAAAAGGAUUGAAAAAGUGUGAAGUUGAUGUGAAUUGAAUUUGUCAAGCAGGGUUAAUCUCGACAGAACGAUACAGGAACACAGUGAAAAUAUUGCAAAAUAAUCAAAACCGCAGAUUGCCUUUAUUCUGAGCAGGAAGCUCAAGGGUAAAAUACAUUUCAUUAAAGUGAGAAGAAUAGAAGAAGUCUUUAUUAAGAAUAAAAAAAGUGAAGAUACCCUAAAAAAGAACUAUAAAUUUAUCUUAAAAUGCCAGCUAAAGAAAAAACCAAAGGUCAGAAACAGAUAGUAGAGGAUAACAAAUCAACUUUAAAGUUUUAUUUUAACAUCACAGUAGGAGUGACUUGUGUCUAUUAUCUUGUCUAUUUCUUCCUCUUUUGGGAGAACUUCACCGCUAAACCAAUCACCUUAUCAUGUCUAGCCGUGUUAACUUAUUUUGGUUGCUAUCGGUUCAUGACGUCGAUGGCAACGGCUGUUUAUAACGCACAAGGAAGCUUAGUUGAUGGAGGUGUUGAUUUGAAUAUGGAAGCAGGACUUGCAGAACAUACUAAAGAUUUGAUUCUUUUGACGGCUAUAGUGCAAAUUCUUAGUCUGUUGAGUAAUUAUUUCUGGUUAUUAUGGCUUUUAGCACCGUGUCGAGCUUUGUAUAUGUUAUGGGUGAACAUAUUAGGACCAUGGUUUUUUGCUCCAGGUUCCGAGGAGAAUAUUAGCGAGAAAAAACAGCGGAAAAUGGACAGAAAGGUUCGAAGAGUUCAGCGGUGAUGGCAGAGUUGAUUCUAGCAAAAAUAUUUUGAAAAUUUCUAUUUAAAUUCUAUUUCUAAUGUUUUGAUUUUUAUAAAAUGUUUAUAACUUAAUUAAGAACUAUUACAAUUCACUGUAUUCAUUCCCCAUGCCAGUUGAUUAGUUUUAAUGAACUCAGUUCAACAUCUGAAAUUUGAUCUUUUGAUUUUUUUGAGGGGUGGGGGCCCAAAUGGUUAACAUGUGCGUGUUGGGUCAUAUGAUCUGUCAUUUGGUCAAGUGACAUGGUUUCAAUUCCCGGCUUGUAUGUUACAAGGAGUAGGGCCAUCUGUCCAACCUUGUGGGAUUUCUCUGGGUCCUCAGACUUCUAAAGACCCCUACUCGCAAGUAGGUCAUUGAAAUAAAAUUGAAUCAUACAUGUAUGUUAGUUCCGAAAUGACUUGGUUUUUUUCAAGUGGAUGUUAAACCCCAUCUCUCUCUCUUUUUUAUCUGUAUCAUCCUCGGUCUCCCCAGUUGUACAUGUAUCUUUCCAUUUUACUGGAGCCAGUAACCCCUGGCUCCAUUUACAGGGUAUUCAAAGUAAGGAAAUUUACUUUCAAAGAAGUGAAAAGCACACAAAAAUGGUGUCCUAAAGUAUUUUGACAAAGUUUACAACCAGGAUUCCGCGAUUUUAGUUUCAACAAAAUGUGAAUUACCUCCCUUCACCCACUAACUUUAUAUUUAUGGAAUUUUUUUAUUUGUAAAAUAACACCAUUUGACCCUGGAGUUUGUGGUGUAGAAUGGAACCAUACCACUUGGGAUACCAAGGAUUGGAGAAUACAUAUAGGAAUACAUGUGUACUCCCCAAUAAAAACUAAAAAUCAAAUUUAAGUGAAAUGUUGGCAUACUGAGUACAGUAAAAAUAUACUUUGUAAAAAAUUAUAAAAUAAAUUAAUUUUGUGUUAUUAAUGAAUUAAUAAAAUAAUUUUAAAGCC